CCCCUUCCUUCUCUCCCACAUCCCCACGAAACCGGCACCCCCACUUACACUGCGGACUGAGGUUGGACCACGACGCACAACAAUGGUGCGAACCCCACUGGCAGAGAUGGCCGAGAGAGCCCUGAAGUUACGCAUUCCCAGUCAUGACUACUUCCCUGCCCAGUAUUCGGUGUGUUCAAACUUUAGAAAUGCUGCCAAAUGGGUACAAAGCAGCUUAUCUGCAACAGAAAUAGAAAUUUUUCGCGCUUUACCAUGGGGCCAUCUUAUUGACAUCCCACCCACACAAUUCUCUGGCCAAGUCUUUCACAUGCUGGCCUUACACCUUGUGCAGGAGCAACCUGAUGAGGAGCUGUGGUUUGCCAUUGG